AUGAUAAUGCACCCCACACAUAAGAAGAUCAAGGUCAGCAUAAGACUAAGGCCGUCCAUGGGAGACAAGGAGGUAUGGAAGACAUCUGAAGACGGCUUAUGGCAUGUCCAUGGACAGAAGAGAGUGAAGUACAAUGGGUUCAGAAGCAUCUUGACAAAUAUGACAAAUGCAGAGGUCUACAAGGAGUGUGUAAGAGAGGAGAUCCAGAAGUUCCUGAAUGAAGAGAACUGUACAGUGUUUGCAUAUGGGCAAACGGGCUCUGGAAAAACCUAUACAAUGCUGGGAGGAGAUGAGGAGGGGAUUAUAAAGCUAGCCAUACGGGAUAUUUUGGACAGGAGGCCUGUAGGGAUAUCAUACUUAGAGAUUUACAAUGAAAAGCUUUUUGACCUUUCAAACAACAGCGAGGUUCAGAUGUUCAACGUCGAGAACAGGAAUGUGAUUUCAAAUCUAUGGGUUGAGCAUGUGGAUAAAUGGGAGGAUGUUGCAUCUUUUAUUGAAAGGUGUGAGAAGAAUAGAAAGUUUGGAACCACAGAGUUCAAUACAAAAAGUAGUAGGUCACAUACUGUAGUUCAAGUUACAUACAACAGCAACAACAGAGUUAGAACACUGAACAUGAUAGACCUUGCUGGAAGCGAGAGGGCGAGUAGAUCAAUGGAUAGGAGGAAGGAAGGGUCGUUUAUAAAUAGAAGUCUUCUUGCACUUUGCACGAUUGUUAAUAAUGUAGGGAACGGGAAAUACCUGGGGUUUCGAAACUCGAAGCUGACUCGUGUGCUUCAAUCAUCACUGGAUGGGCGCACAAACCUGGUUGCAAUCUGCACACUGUCACCUUAUGAGGAUUGCAUUGAAGAGUCUGUGAGUACACUAAAGUUUGCAGCCAGGCUGUGCAGUCUUGAGCUGAAGAUUGAGGAGACUUUGAUACCCAAUGAUGAGAAUAUGAGAUGUGACAGAGAUAUGGGAGGAAACGGUCUCAGAUGCGGAUUGAAACAUAAAUGUUGCAGGAGGUUUCAUUCUGAAGCUGGUAAAGAGGCAAGAAGCAUUCUGGAGAGAAUGGAGUCUAUGACUCUUGAGAAAUGUCUUGGGUCUUAUGAGUAUCCGAAGAUUAGAAGCAAAGAGAAAAAGGUGGACUACGAUAAAGUGUGCAGUGAGAAGGAUUCUAUAUCUAGGGCACUUAGGGCCUUUGGAUCUGUGAUCAUGGAGAAUCUCCGGUGUAAGAUUGAGCUUAUGGAAGAGUUGAAUGCAAUCAACAAUGAUAGAAUACAUCUACUGGAGAGGAUGGUAGGGGAAUUGCUUGGUAAGAACCCGUCCCGGAGGAUGAAUGAGAUAUUUAUACUUGAAAAGUAUAGAUUUAAUCUUCGCAGGAAGAUGGUUGGAAGGAAAUGA